CUCAACUGAGCGAUUCCCUUUUAAUAAACGCAACACAAGUCCAAAAAACUAGGGAGCGUGGAACCCCAAACAUCCAUAAGAAAACUAGACGCCUGAGAUUAUUAACUUCGACGAUUCUCCGGCGGAGACGAUGGCCCUUCUCUCAGCCGUAUCUUCUCUCUUACCUUUCUCUUAUGGGGCAACGAGACUAAGCAGCAAAGCCUCUUUAGCUUCUACAACAUCUGGAUUCAACCUCUCUUCUCUUAGGAACUCACCGAGAAACUCCCUUCGCUUGUAUGUGUCGAGGGCCAUCGCAAGCAAUGGUGGAUACGCAGAGGUUUCUGAGAAUGAAACACCUCCUCCAAGGACUUACACAUGGCCUGAUAACAAGAGGCCAAGAGUGUGCAUUCUCGGUGGCGGGUUUGGAGGAUUGUACACAGCUUUGAGACUUGAAUCUCUUGUAUGGCCCGACGACAAAAAACCUCAGGUGGUUUUGGUUGACCAGUCUGAACGUUUUGUGUUCAAGCCAAUGUUGUAUGAGCUUCUCUCUGGAGAAGUUGAUGUGUGGGAGAUUGCUCCUCGUUUCUCGGAUUUGCUUACAAACACAGGAAUCCAGUUUCUCCGUGAUAGAGUCAAAACGCUGCUUCCUUGUGACGGUUUAGGAGUCAAUGGCUCUCAAAGUUCCGUUACUGGUGGAACCGUCUUGCUCGAAAGCGGUUUCAACAUUGAAUACGAUUGGCUGGUUCUUGCUCUUGGCGCUGAACCUAAGCUCGAUCUUGUUCCUGGAGCAAUGGAGUUUGCUUUACCGUUUUACACUCUUAACGAUGCUAUUAGGGUGAACGAGAGGCUGAGCAAAUUGGAGAGGAGGAACUUCAAAAACGGCUCUGCCAUUAAAGUAGCUGUCGUUGGGUGCGGUUACGGAGGAGUUGAGUUAGCUGCAACCAUCUCAGAGAGACUGCAAGACCGUGGAACAGUGCAAGCCAUCAACGUGUCCAAGAGUAUAUUAACAUCAGCCCCUGAUGGGAACAGAGAGGCAGCUAUGAAGGUUCUUACGUCGAGAAAAGUUCAGUUACUCUUGGGCUAUCUUGUUCGUUGCAUAAAGAGAGCAACCGGUUCAGAAGAAGAAGAUGGAGGAGGAGGGUAUGUGUUAGAGCUUCAGCCUACAGAGAAAGGAGUAGAGAGUCAAGUUAUAGAAGCGGAUAUGGUGUUAUGGACGGUAGGGACUAAGCCUUUGCUUACCGAACUAGAACAGCCUUCAGGUCCCAGUGUCCUUCCUUUGAACGUUAGAGGACAAGCGGAAACAGACGAGACGCUCCGUGUCAAGGGACAUCCUCGAAUAUUCGCGUUAGGGGACUCUUCUUCCUUGAGAGACUCGAACGGAAAGCUUCUUCCUACAACAGCUCAGGUUGCUUUUCAAGAAGCAGACUUCACUGGUUGGAAUAUUUGGGCUGCCAUUAACAACCGCCCUUUGUUACCAUUCAGGUUUCAGAACUUAGGUGAGAUGAUGACUCUGGGAAGAUAUGAUGCUGCUAUUUCGCCGAGUUUCAUUGAAGGGCUUACACUUGACGGUCCGGUUGGUCACGCGGCUAGAAAGCUGGCGUAUUUGAUCAGACUACCAACUGAUGAACACCGGUUUAAAGUAGGAGUCAGCUGGUUUGCUAAAUCUGCUGUUGAGUCGGUUGCUUUGCUUCAGAGCAAUCUUGCCAAGGUCUUUUCUAGUUCUUGAUUUCAAAAACGUUUCGUAUGGUUAGACAAAUGUAUCUGUUUGAAUACUUGAUGGAAUAUAGACUCUCUGAGAAUUGAGGUCGAAAAGAAUAAUAAAAUUUGAUGAAUGCAUUUUUAAUUCA